AUGGCUAGAGAAAGUGAUGCUCCAAAGGAGCCCCUCACCCCGCGGCGCCCACACGAGGACCCGAAAAAAACAAUCUCCCAAGAGCCAGAAUUUGGCAAGCCUUCCCCUCUUGGCCGACCCCCGCAACAGCCACAACAGCGGUCCAACUCGAACAGUCUGUUCAACAUCCCCAAACAAAACCGGGCGCGACCAGAGCAUCAUCGUCCUUACCAGCCGCAGCCGCAGCAACCGCAACAACAACCAUCCGCAGCCCAACAGAGUUACCCUACUCACGGUUACCGACCACCAGUACCAGCAAACACUGGAUCAGCUGCACCCUCCGCGCACCAGAGCAGGCCAUUUGAUCCCUUUAAGCCCGUGAGACCAUCCGCCUACAAUGACUAUCGACCAAUGGUCCCUCCAGGCGCAACCCCGAUCAAGCGCCCGGGACAAGUAGCUUCUGACACCCCUCGGGCCCCGAGAACACUUUUCUCAUCGAAGCCAUCGGCACCGAAACCCUCCAAUGCCAACAAGAACCUUCAGGCUUUCAUUGAUCUCACGAAGGAUGAUCCAAAUACAAGCUUCCAGCAAAACACCCAGCGCUAUGGAGAGAAGACAAGCUCGACAUUCGGCGCGAUGGACACGCACGGAUAUGUGGAUAUGGCUCAGGCCAAUGAGAAUAUUAAGGCUUUGCUUGAGGGUGCAUUUGAAGACGAGGAAGAAGGUGCUAAACCUAAAUCCAAGGGAAAGAAGAAGAAGGGCAAGAAGGACAAGAAGAAGCAGUCUAAGAAGACCGAAACGACUGAACCUCCUUCAGCCCCAAAGAUUGAUAAAAGCGAUGAUCUCGAUGACUUGGCUGCCCAACUUCAAGGUGUAACAGUUAAUGAUACCCAAGAAGAGCAAGUAAAGACGGCUGAAAAUUCCGAGAAGAAGCAUAAAACUAGCCUUGAGGAUGACACGGAUGACGAAUCGGUCGUGAAAAAGCGUGACACCGAGGAGGAGGACGAGGAGGGGAAAGAAGAGGAAGAGGAAGAGGAGGAGGAGGAAGAAGAAGAAGAAGAUGAGCUUGUUGUAGAUGGGUUGAAAGUCACUCUCAUGCCCCAUCAGGUUGAAGGUGUCCGCUGGAUGUGCGACAAAGAAAAUGGUCGACGCUCAACGAAAGGUAUCCAUCCAAAAGGUGGAAUCCUUGCAGAUGAUAUGGGAUUAGGAAAAACUAUUCAGGCUAUCUCCCUAAUGCUCAUGAACCGAAAGUCAGACGACGACGAACACAGCGAAGACGCCGAAUCUACCAAGAAGAAAGUUGACGAUGCGCCAGCUUCUACUCGCUCGAGUGAAGCUACACUCGUAGUUGCUCCUCUGGCACUUAUCAAACAAUGGGAAUCCGAGAUUGCCGACAAAGUCGAAAGGACACACAAACGCCGGGUGUGCUUGUAUCAUGGAGCGAAUCGUGCAAAGACUGCAACCUCUUUGUACAACUACGACGUCGUAAUCACCACAUACGGAACCCUGACCUCAGAAUCGGGAACAGCGGCAGCAGACAAGGCUAAAAAGUCGGGCAUCUUCUCUGUCUAUUGGCACAGAAUCAUUCUUGAUGAAGCACAUACAAUCAAAAAUCGAAACGCCAAGGCAACUCAGGCUGCAUGUGCUUUAGAUGCUAGGUACCGUUGGUGUUUGACGGGAACGCCCAUGCAGAACAACCUUGACGAACUGCAAUCUCUAAUCAAGUUCCUGCGCAUCAAGCCUUUCGAUGAACUUGCAGCCUGGCGUGAACAAAUCACUAAACCUCUGAACAAUGGGCGCGGUGGUCUUGCUAUCCAGCGACUACAAGUCUAUCUAAAGGCUUUCAUGAAACGGCGCACCAAAGACGUUCUCAAAGAAAACCAAGCAGAUUCUGACGAUGAUGAAGCCGACAGCAAAGGAAAGAAGUCCAACGGGUUCAAGAUCGUCAAACGUGAUGUUAUCCGAGUUGAACCAAACUUUAUGGAAGGGGAGCAGAAUUUCUACGAUCGUCUAGAGAAACGUACCGAAAAUCGCUUGAAUGAGAUUAUGGGAGGUAAGCAGGUUGACUAUGCGGGAGCAUUGGUUUUACUCUUGCGACUUCGACAAGCAUGCAACCACCCUGAACUUGUGAAGAGCGAUUUAGUGGUCGAAAAAGAUGUUUUGUUACAAAAUGGCAACCCUGGAAGCAAAUCUACCGAAUCGAAGAAAGACGACCUAGACGAUGUCGCCGAUCUAUUUGGCGGACUUAGCGUGAUGACCAAGAAGUGUGAUGUGUGCCAGAGGGAACUCAACCAGGUAGAAGCCAAAAGCGGUGCUAGUCGCUGCGGCGAGUGUGAGACCGACUUGAACACCAACUUCAUGAAGAAGGACAAGAAGAAGAAAUCGAAGAAAACCCACAAGCACCAUGAGGUCACUUUGAGCCCUGUUUCAAAGCCUUCCCGGGCUCGUAAAAAUCGCAGAGUGGUUCUUGAUAGCGACGACGAAGAGGAGGAAGAUGGUGAAUGGAUUGUCCCCGAAGAUGGACGCAAAGUACCCGAUCUUGGUAAAGCCGGCGGAUCAGACGACGAAGAUGCUGAAGGUGGAGGCGACUGGAUUGGUCCUGACGAUUCCGACACAGACGAUGAGGAGCCGAGCUCACCCACUGGUAGAAAGGUCAAGCCCGUCGUUCUUAGCAGCUCUGAAGAUGAGUCUGACUCGGAAGAAGAUAUGGACGAGAUUUCCUACAAGGGCGAGAACGGAGAGCUGCCAUCGACAAAGGUCCGGCAUUUGAUGAAAAUUCUCAACAAAGAGUCAAGAGACUACAAGUUCAUUGUCUUUUCCGUCUUUACUUCGAUGCUCGAUAAAAUUGAGCCAUUCUUGAAAAGUGCAAACAUUGGUUUUGCUCGCUACGAUGGAGCAAUGAGGAAUGAUCAUCGUGAAGCCAGUCUCAACAAAUUGAGAAACAAUAGUAGCACUCGAGUUUUACUUUGCAGUUUGCGCGCUGGUGCAUUGGGCCUGAAUUUGACAGCUGCCAGUCGUGUCGUGAUUUUGGAGCCAUUCUGGAACCCCUUCGUGGAAGAGCAAGCCAUUGACCGUGUCCACCGUCUUAACCAAACCAUCGACGUCAAGAUCUACAGACUCAUCAUCAAGAACACUGUAGAAGAGAGAAUUGUCGCUCUGCAAGAUCGCAAGCGAGAGCUGGCGGGCAUGACAAUCGAGGGCAAGUCUGCCGCAGGAAAAUUGACCAUGCGUGACAUGAUGGCCCUUUUCGGUCGUGACGCCGAGUCAACAUUCACCGAUAAGCAAGAUACUCUAAAUUUUAACAAGCCAACUCGUAUACUGGCUUCCACCGAAGACUCUAACCCGAAUGCUUCCUCUCAAUCUUCGGGGCACUCUGACACCCGCGACCGGGAUCAUCGGCAACAAUCUAACCGGUCAACGCCUGAAGAUUCCGUGUAUGGGCGGCGUUGGUAA